AUGUGUUCCUUCUCAAGACUUGCACAAUCUGGUGCUGAACUGCCUCUGGCUAGAACUGUCCGUCUCAACGUUCUUAAAGAGGGAAAAUCACCCAAUUUGAUUUUCAAUCAUCACUUGACGGGCUUCGGAAUAUUCUCAUUCAGUGAUGUUGGAUCAGUUCACAAUAUUGAAAACAUGUUACUUAGGACCACAUUCUGCUGUGAGGAAGAACAUUGGAAUGACUACGUAUGCACGCCGAACCUAUUGACUGCUGAUGACCCUGUGCACAAGUUCUCAGGCAUCAAAUGCAUGAACAGCACCAGACCUCUCACUUACCGGGACUACAAGUGCACUAACGACGCCGAAUCUGCACAUUUGAAAAAGGCCACUUCGCCCUUCGAUUUAUCCCAAAUAUACAAUGCAUACAACAAAGGUGACCAAGUGAUCAGAUCUUUUGUCAAAGGACAAUUGACAGUAGAAGAAGGUGAUGGCCACAUUUACCCACCAAGCAGCCCAGAAGCACUUUGUCCACUCAAUUCAGGCAAUGAAACCAGAUGUUUCAAAAACUACAUUAACAAUUUGACGCCAAUCACCCUUUACGUGAUCUGGUUCGUGCGUCACCACAACUACUUGGCCAGCAAGCUAGCUGAACUCAACCCAUGCUGGAGUGACGAGAAAUUAUUUAAUGUUGCUAGAAACAUGAACAUUGCCUAUUACCAACAAGUGUUGUUGUACGAAUGGUUGUCAGCACUAGAAGGUCGCAGUAAUCUCAUUAAGGCUGGUAUUAUAAACAAAUACGACGGAUUCAGAGACUUGUACGAUGAGGACGAGGAUCCUGAAGUGACUUUGGAAUUUACUUUCUGCUUGCGUUGGUUCCAUUUGAUGCAGUCUACUACUGCUAAGUUCUACGACAGAUAUGGUAAUUAUAUCAAGGAUUACCCACUACUGAAGACUACAUUCCGUACUGGAUUCCUUGGACAAGGUGACAAUAUUGAGUACUUUACCCAGAAUAUGAUGAGAGAUGGAUGCCGUGCUUAUGACAGCUCCAUUGAACAUGACUUUGCCAAUGACGCCUUACCUGGUGUGCAAAGGAGCCUUGACGUCGCAGCUGGAGAUAUAAAUAAAGGUCGCAAUCUUGGAGUGGCUCCUUACGUCGACUAUGUGAAACACUUCACAGGCAUUGAAAUCAAUUGCUUCGAAGAUUUGGCUGCAUUCAUACCAGUAGCUAAAAUAGAAGUAUUGAAAAGUUUGUUCGGAGAUGUGAAAGACAUAGACUUAAUAGUUGGUCUCUGGGUAGAGGAGCCGAUGAAAGGGGGUCACAUUCCUCUCACCUUUGCCAGUAUCAUUAAUGAUAAUAUGAAGAGGUCUUUGAAGGGUGACAGACAUUGGUACGAGAGACCAAACAGGCCUGAUGCCUUUACUCGGGCUCAACUUAAGGAGAUCAGGAAAGCUUCAAUAGCUCGUUUACUGUGCGAUGUAGGUGAUGGCAUCUCCGAAGUGCCUAGAAACGCCAUCUACAACAUUUCUCCCAAGAACCCACUGGUGAGUUGUGACAAAAUUAAAGGCAUUAACUUCAGUGCCUGGGCCGACAACACUUGUAAGAGCAGUUAA